AUGUCCUUUCCUAAUAUUUUUUUUUUUUUUUGGUCUAUAUUUAUGCCAGAUUAUUUAUAUACUAUAUUUGCAAAGAACUGUUUCUUUUUUCCUGUGACGGACUUUCCUGUCUUUCAGUCUAUCAUUAAUGUCUUUAUUGCAUUCGCUAUUUAUUUUUUCCAACUUCCUUUGGCUACCAUAUCCCCCACUCCCUCCCCACCCUCUUUGCAAGCAUGUC